AUGGACGAGAAUGGAUCUCUAUAUGUCGUUGACUUUGGAAAAGGUGCAGUGAGACGAUAUCAAAGAGAAGAAUCUCAAGGAAUAGUGGUUGCAGGUGGCAAUGGAUAUGGAAAUCGUCUCGAUCAACUCUCUAGUCCACAAUACGUAUUCGUCGAUCAAGAUCAUUCAGUGUACGUAUCUGAAUGUGGAAAUCAUCGUGUGAUGAAAUGGGUGGAAGGUGCAACGCAAGGCAUUGUCGUGACUGGUGGUCAAGGAAAAGGAAAUGGUCUUACACAAUUGUCAUAUCCUGAAGGAGUCGUUGUCGAUCAAUUGGGCACUGUCUAUGUGGCUGAUUAUGAAAAUCAUCGAAUCAUGCGUUGGCCCAAAGGAGCCACACAGGGAAGUGUGAUCGUUGGUGGGAACGUUCGAGGAGGGCAAUCGAAGCAACUCGAUCAGCCCAUCAGUUUAUCAUUCGAUCGACAUGGUAAUCUCUAUGUCGUCGAUUUCGGAAAUCAUCGAGUACAAAAAUUCAAUAUUGAAUUCAAAGGAUAA